CCCCCGCCUUCGCUAUUUAAAUUAAAUCCAAUUCAUGGAUCACACAAUCUUAAGUUCUUCUCUUACAAGGAUUUCUCUGCAUCCUUCAGUAUUUUUUCUUAUUCAGCUUUUUUAAUGGUUUCUUGAAACAGUACCAGUGGCCGAAGCAAAACCCUUUAUGAAGCUUGCAAAUUUCUGUGCAUUGAUUGCAGCCUUUUGGAUUCCUCUGGAAUCUUGAAGCAAACUGGAACCGCCCAUCUUGUUUUCUCUGGAUUUUGAAUUUUUGGAGUUCCGAUCAUGGAACGUUUUAUGCGGCAAAAUUGGGAUAUAUAUAGACAGCAACCUCCUAGGAGAAGAUCACAGUACAAGAAGUCAACCUGGGUUGGCUGGCAGCCUGCAGUACAUUUAUGGGAGAAAGAAUUCUGCAAAGUGGUCGGUUCGCUGGACUGGGAAAUGUUUUUGCGCAAGAAGAAGUUUGUUCACCUAUAUGAGAAUGUGAUCAACUGGGAUGACUCUGAAGGUAAAGAGGCAUUUGAAAAUGCCAAGACACGAUUCUGGUCGGAAAAACAUGGUGUUCCCUGUGAAAUACCAUUGCCUGAUCCUGAUCUUUACAUAGACGAAAUAAAUUGGGAUUUGGAAAAGGAUAUCGAGCUGCCAUCUGACCUUGACGUCGAUCCUGUGUUUCCUGAUCCGGAUGAAAACCUUGAGCCAGCCGUUAUUUUUGGAGAUUCGUUCUUAGUUAACCAAGCAUCUUCACCCACUGACUGGGGUGACUAUGAAAAGACUAAUCAUGUGGAUCCAUGGGAGAAUAAUUGGGGCAAUGCAUUUCCUAAUGGAGCUCCGAUUGGAUUCACAGGAUUUUGUAAUAAUGCUAGGAAUUUCAAUGGCGGAAGUGGGUAUGCACCGUGGAUAGGUGGUUGGAAUAAUACAUGGGGAUGGAAUUAUGCUCAUUACCCUUACAAUUAUGGAGUCGAACCUGCAAAUGUUUACGACAGGAGCGCUAAUGAAGGGCAAGGAAUAUGUGACGUGAACACUGCUGCGCAGGUCAAUGCUGGUAAUUACGUCUGGUGGAACAAUGAGGGACAACAGAGAGCAACAUAUAGGAGAAAUCUCGAAUGCUGAUGAAGUGCCGACUUUAGGAACUUUAGGAGGGUGGAACUCGAUUAAUUCAUGUGGACCGGUUACUCAACAGGCUGCAAAUAGCUGUUGGAAGAAUGUGGAAUUAGGAAGAUAUCUUUUAACUGGAUGCAGAGCGGAAUGAGUCACUAAUUUCUUUCUAUUGUCUUAUUUAUGCAUAUUUGGAGCUUCUGCUGAAGGAUUACUCUAAAAUUUUGAAUAUAGUUUUCUGAUUUUGCUGAGGUUGUAUCGUAAGUUGACGAGUUAUUGUUCAUCUAUUAGUGCUUUUUGCAUUUUCUGCGUAUAAAAAGUGAGUAUUAAAUA